AUGAAUGACCCCUACCGCCAGUCCGCUGCUGCGGCUGCUGCAGACCUCUUGUACCCCGAUCUCUCGAGUUUGGCUGCGGUGGGUGCUACUCUCCCCCAAGAUUGGCUCAAAUCCCUCUCCCCGCAACGCCCCUCUGGUUCAAAGUGGGCUCAGCCGCCUGCCAGUACUAGUUCUCGGACUUCGGUCCCAAUGCCCUCCACAUCCACUUCCUUCUCCGGUUAG